CCAAACCGACCGUCCGCUGCAGGCCCGGCAGGAGGAGAGAGACUGAGAGAGAGAGAGGGGGGUACCGGGGAGCGGGAACGGUAACGGCGGCGGUAACGGUGACGUGAUGUGAUGCGAUGCCGCGCGGGAUCACGGUAACGUAAGAGCAGCAGCUUCAUCAGCGGAGGAGGAAGAGGAGGAGGAGGAGGAGGACCGACGAGCCGAGCCGAGCGGAGCCCCGGAGGAUGCUGCACUGAUCGGUACCGUCCGAACACCGCCCCGGGAGCCCGCAACCACCGGAGCACCGCCGCAGGGAUGGACGGCUAGAGGCCCGGGAGGAGGCGGCGGCGGCGGCGGCGGCGGCGGAGGAGGAGGAGGAGGAGGAGGAGGAGGCGCACCGGAUCGAGCGACGGUACAUAACGGAGGAGAGCGCGCGAGGAGGAGGAGGGAGGAUGAAUCCGGUGGAUGGAGGAGGAGAACCGGGCCCGGACGGCCUGGCGACGGCAGGUUCUGGUAAAGCCGAGAGUGUCCGGGCAGUUGACGUCCUGACGGUGCUCAGAGAGAAAGUGGCCUUCGUGUCGGGCGGACGGGACAAACGAGGCGGACCAAUCCUGACCUUCCCUGCCAGGACCAAUCAUGAUCGAAUAAAACAGGAGGACCUCAGCCGACUGGUCACCUACCUGUCCACCAUACCCAGCGAGGACGUUCGAGCUCGUGGCUUCACCGUGGUGGUGGACAUGCGCGGCAGUAAGUGGGACAGCGUGAAGCCGGUGCUGCGGACGCUGCAGGAGUCCUUCUCCUCCAACAUCCACACGGCACUGCUCAUCAAACCCGACACCUUCUGGCAGAAACACAAGACCAACCUGGGCAGCGCCAAGCUCAGCUUCGAGACCAGCCUGGUGUCGGUGGAGGGCCUCUCUCGGCUUGUCGACCCCUCACAGCUGACCUCGGACCUCGGCGGCUCGCUGGAGUACGACCAUGUGGAGUGGACCGAGCUGCGUCUGGGUCUGGAGGAGUUCUCAGGCGCUGCCACGCAGCUGCUGGCUCAGCUGGAGCAGCUGGAGGCUGGGCUGAACCGCAUUCCAGAACCACAGGACGUCGACGAGGCCCGCAAACUGCUCGAGGAACACGGUCGCCUCCGUAACACCAUCGCCACCGCCCCGGUCGACGCUCUCGACCGAGAGGGGCGGAGCUUGCUCCAACGCAUGCGCCUCGGCCCCUCCCAUGGCGAUGCCCCCAAUGAAGGCAGCCACGGCAGCUGGCUGUCGGGCGGGGCGGACUUCCAGAGCGUGGCGCCAAAGGUUUCGUCUCUGCUGGACCGGCUGCAGGCGGCUCGCAGCCACCUGCUGCAGAGCUGGGGCGACCGGAAGCUGCACUUGGACCAGGCGCUGCAGCUGCACCUGUUUGAACAGGACGCCACCAAGAUGUCCGAGUGGAUCGCCCACAGUAAGGAGCUGUUCGUGCAGAGUCUGGCGGAGGUCGGUCAGAACCACCAGCACGCCAUCGACCUCCAGACACAACACCAGCACUUCACCGCCAACUGUAUGAACGGCAGUGUGAACGUGGACAGCGUAGUUACCGUGGCAGCGAGGCUGGCGGAGGCCGGUCACUACGGAGCGGAGAGGAUCGCCAUGGUGUCGUCGCAGUUACAGGAGGACUGGAAGUCCCUGACGACAGCACUAGAGGAGCGCAGCAACACGCUCGCUAUGGCAACAGGCUUCCACCAGGGGGCAGAACAGUUCCUGCUCCGGGUCGAGGGCUGGGUCCAGGUGUGCUCUGAAGGGUCGUUGCCAUCGGCGACAGCAGAACUGGAAGCUGCAGUUAAAAAACACCAAGAACUCAACGAGGAGAUCUCUGCCAACUACACACAGGUCAGUGAGAGCGGUAAAGCCUUAUUGGACGUCCUCCAGCGUUGCCCGGCGACCGAGUCGGAUGACUCGACGGCCAAACCGGACUUCACCGCGGCAACGCACGGCAUCAUGGGAGUUCUGCACCAGGUGCUGCAGGGUCAUCAUGAGGUGGAGGGGGCGUGGCAACACCGUAAGCUCCGCCUCCACCAGCGUCUGCAACUGUGUGUGUUUCAGCAAGACGUCAGACAGGUCCUGGACUGGGUGGAGCAGCAUGGUGAGGUCUUCCUGAACAAACACAGCGGUGUUGGGAAGUCUCUGCACCGAGCGCGAGCGCUGCAGAAACGCCACGACGACUUCCAGCAGGUCGCUCAGAACACGUACACGAAUGCAGAGAAGCUCCUGGAGGCAGCGGAUCAGCUGGCUCAGUCUGGAGAGUGUGAAGAGGAGGAGAUCUACCAGGCAGCCCGAGACCUGGAGCUCCGCAUGCAGGCCUUCAUCCAGCGGGUUGAACAGAGGAAGCUGCUGUUAGAUCUCGCUGUGUCAUUCUACACUCACACAAAGGAGCUGUCGGUGUGGAUGGAGGGCCUCCAGAAGCAGCUGUCCUCAGACGUCCUGGUGUGUCCCGACACUGUGGAGUCCCUCCAGGCUCUGAUCAGCCAACAGCAGCAGCAGCAGGCCAACACUCAGGAGGCCGCCAUGAGUGUCAUCCGGGAGGGAGAAGACCUCAUCCUCCAGCUCAGGCCCCAGGGCAGCUCGGUGGCCCAUGUGGAGUCGGUGCUGCAGCAGCUCGAGGAGUCUCACGUUCAGCUGGAGGAACUUUUCCACCAGAGGAAGAUCCGGCUGGACGUCUACCUGCAGCUUCGCAUCCUGCAGCAGUGCACGCUGGAGGUAACUGGGGAAAUGGAUGCCUGGAAACAAGACCUCCAGAAACAGUCCCAGGACUUUUCUACCGAGAAGCUAGCGUCACCGCGGCUAGCCGACACCAACCAGGACAAGCUGGCCCAGGACAAGCUAGCGCUGAGCCAGUCGCGGCUAGUGGAGGCUAGCCCCGAGGCGCUAACACUAGCACAGCAGCGCAUUCACAGGCACAUGGAGCGCAGGCUGGCCAUGAACAACAUGAUUUAUGAGGUCAUCCAGCAGGGUCACGACCUCCAGCAGUACAUCACCGAGGUCCAGGCCUCAGGUAUCGAGCUGUCGGAGGCUGAGGGCGGGACCUCCGGCCAGGUGGAUGAGCUACAGCGCCUCCUACAGGACAAACAGAAGGAGCUGCAGCAGAUCGCCGACCACACGCACACUCACCUGGAGCAGAACCUGCAGCUGAGACACCUGCAGAGCCAGGUCAAACAGGUGCUGGGAUGGAUCUCCGAGGGCGAGGUGAUGCUGUCGUCCUGCAUGUUGAACUCCAGCUGCCUGUCCGAAGCCGAGCAGCUGCAGAGGGAGCAUGAGCGCCUCCAGCAGGCCAUCGAGGCUCUUCUUCAUGCCGACUCCCUGCAGAGGACCCACCAGGUGGCGCUAGCACUGCAGCAGAGAGCUGAGCUGCUGGUCAGGUCCGGCCACUAUGAUCCAGAUGCAGUGAGGUCCUGUGCACAGACGGUGGCGCUGCACUGGCAAACUCUGAUGCUGAGGAUUGAAGACCGACUCAAACUGGUCAACGCCUCCGCCGCCUUCUACAGGACAUCACAGCAGGUGUGCGGCGUCCUGGAGAGCCUCGAGCAGGAGUACCGGCGGGAGGAGGACUGGUGUGGAGGAGGCGACCGACAGCCGGAGCAGCUGCUGCCGCUCAUCAACAAACACAUGGAGCAGAAGGAGGCCUUCCUGAAGGCCUGCACCCUGGCGAGACGCAAUGCCGAAGUUUUUCUCAAGUACAUUCACCGCAACAGCGUCACCAUGGCCAACAUCUCCGGCCACAGCGUCACCGUCUCGGGGGUGACGGAGGUGACCGGACACUCCCGGGUCCCUGAGCAGCAGGUCAAAGGGAUCCUCAGUGAGCUGCUGCAGAGGGAAAACAGAGUCCUGCACUUCUGGACACUGAAGAAGCGCAGACUGGACCAGUGCCAGCAGUAUCUGAUGUUCCAGAGCCACGCCCAGCAGGCUCUGGAUUGGCUGCAGCAGUCAGGUGACCACUACUUGGCAACACACACGUCGCCGGGGGCAACCGUCGCCGAAACACAAGAAAUGCUGAACCAACACAGAGAGUUUUGUGUUUCUGCAAAGCAUACCCAGGAGAAGGUCCACCUGUUGAUCCAGCUAGCUGAGAGCAUGCUAGCUAAAGGCCACGCCCACCGCACCGAGCUGCGCCGCUGCGUCUCCACGGUGGACAAACGUUACCGCGACUUCACCGUCCGGAUGGGGCAGUAUCGCCACCUGCUGGAGGCGGCGCUGGGAGGCUGUUCUCAGGACAACAAGGACCUGGAGCUGGAGCUCAUCCCCAACAGUCUGUCCGACUCUGACCCUGAGGUCAACCUGUCCGACCCCAGCCACCAGGUCAGCGACGAGAAGAGGCGCUCCGCCCGCAAGAAAGAGUACAUCAUGGCCGAGCUCCUCCAGACGGAACGGGUUUACGUCAGAGAUCUGCAGGAGUGUAUCGAGACGUAUCUGUGGGAGAUGACGAGCGGCUCGGAGGACGUCCCACCUGGUCUGGCCAACAAGGACGACGUCGUGUUCGGAAACAUCCAGGACAUCUACGAGUUCCACAAUAGUAUUUUCCUGAAGGAGCUGGAAAACUAUGAGCAGCUUCCGGAGGACGUGGGCCACUGCUUCGUUACCUGGGCCGAUAAGUUCCACAUGUACGUGACAUACUGCAGGAACAAACCGGACUCCAGUUUACUGAUCCAGCAGCACGGCGUCGGGUUCUUCGAGGAGGUCCAGAGGAGACAUGGUUUGGCUAACUCCAUCUCCUCGGCUCUGAUCAAACCCGUCCAGAGAAUCACCAAAUACCAGCUGCUGCUAAAGGAGCUGCUGGCCUGCUGCGAGGAAGGGAAAGGCGAGAUAAAGGAAGGCCUCGACGUGAUGCUGAGCGUCCCCAAGAGAGCUAACGAUGCUAUGCACGUUAGCAUGCUAGAAGGUCUGGAGGAGGGUCUGGAGGUUCAGGGCGAGCUCCUCCUGCAGGACUCCUUCUUGGUCUGGGAGCCCAAGUCUCUGAUCCGAAAGGGGCGGGACCGACACCUCUUCCUGUUUGAGCUGUCACUCAUCUUCAGCAAAGAGAUCAAAGACUCGUCAGGACGAACCAAAUACCUGUAUAAGAGCAGACUGAGGACCUCGGAGCUCGGCGUGACGGAGCACAUUGAGGGCGACCCCUGUAAGUUUGCUCUGUGGGUCGGACGGACGCCGACGUCCGACAACAAAACCGUCCUGAAGGCGUCGUCGUUAGAGCUGAAGCAGGAGUGGGUUCGCAGCAUUCGACAGGUGAUCCAGGAGAGGCGGGGUCACCUGCGGGGGGCGCUGAGGGAGCCCAUCCCCCUGCCCAAGACGCCCAACCCGACGCUGGGGCGGCAGAGAAGCAUCACCAGGAGGGAGACCAGUGAAGACGCUGACAGUCUGGGAGAUGCCAGCAGUCAGCCCGACACCGUCUCCAUCGCCUCCCGGACCUCUCAGAACACCGCCGACAGCGACAAGCUGUCUGGAGGCUGUGAAUUGGUCGUGGUUCUCCUGGACUUCUCAUCUGGAGGUCCAGGGGAACUCAGUGUUCGCUGUGGUCAGACAGUGGAGCUGGUGGAGCGACCAGCGGACCGACCCGGCUGGUGUCUGGUCAGAACCACGGAUACGACGCCUCAGCAGGAGGGCCUCCUCCCCGUCAGCGCCCUCUGCCUGUCACACUCCCACAGUGCGGCCGACAUGGAGGCUCUGGUUCCAGCCUCCACCACGGCCUCCAGCUCCUCCUCCACCACCACCACCUCCUCCUCCUCUAACUCCUCCUCCACCACCACCACCUCCUCCUCCAACUCCUCUUCCAGCGCCGCCAGGGACUCCAGCAUUUUCGACGGUUCUUCUCUUCCUCCGACUGGUCAAACUGGCUCCUCUCCCUCAGCAUUCCAGGUGGGCGGAACUUCAGGUUCCGUCAGUUCUCCGGGUCCCAAAAGAAGCGGCUCUGGAACCGGAAACACUCUGAAGCGCUGGCUAACCAGUCCAGUCCGACGGCUUAGUCAAGGAAAAGCUGAUGGACAGAAGAAACCUCCAAUCAGGACCAGGAGGCGGGACAACCGGCCGGAGCUGGCCACACCCCUCACUGGCAACGCUCAGGCGGCGAGGAAGGAGGAGGCGGGGCAUAGCGGCGGAGAGGAGGAGCCAGAGGAGGAAGGCUCCACCCCCUUACCACCACCGAUGCAGAUCAUCAAAGACCCCAACAAUCCCGAGGCUCUGGAUUCGGAUCAGGGAUCGAACGAGUCGGACACCGAACAGAGGAACAAGGCCCUCAGAGGACGAAUGUUCGUCGUUAACGAGAUGGUCCAAUCAGAGAAGGACUAUGUGAAGGACUUGGGAGUCAUCGUGGAGGGCUUCAUGUCGCGGCUGGAGGUCAGAGGAAUCCCAGAGGACAUGAGAGGAAAAGACAAGAUCGUGUUCGGCAACAUCCAGCAGAUCUACGACUGGCACCGCGACUUCUUCCUGGUGGAACUCGAUCGUUGUGUCCAGAACCAUGAUCUCCUCGCUGACCUCUUCAUCAGACACGAGCGGCGCCUGCACAUGUACGUGGUUUACUGUCAGAACAAGCCGAGGUCGGAGUUCAUCGUCAUUGAGUACGAGAACUUCUUUGAGGAGAUCCAGCAUGAGAUCAGCUGCCGGAUGUCCAUCAGUGAUUAUCUGAUCAAACCCAUCCAGAGAAUCACCAAGUACCAGCUGCUGCUAAAGGAUUUCCUCAAGUAUACGUCCAAAGCAGGACUGGACUGCGAGGAGAUCGAGAAAGCUGUGGAGCUGAUGUCAAUGGUUCCCAAACGCUGCAACGACAUGUUGAACCUGGGACGCCUGCAGGGAUACGAGGGCAAGCUGACCUCUCAGGGGAAGCUGCUGCAAGAGACCUUCUGCGUUUGGGAGCAGGACGGAGGAGUUUUGUCUCGCAGUAAGAGGACGGUUUUCCUGUUCGAGCAGAUCGUCAUUCUCAGCGAGCUGCUGCGUAAAGGUUCCAACCCGGGAUACCAGUUCAAGAACAGCAUCAAGGUGAGUUACCUGGCGAUGCAGGACAGUGUGGACGGAGACCCCUGUAAAUUCUGUUGUUGGUCUCGAGGCUCGGCGGAGCGCUUCCUCUGCAGGCGUCCUCCAGCAGCCAUCAAGAUGACCUGGCGCUCCAGUCUUCCCAUCGAGUACCAGAGGAAGGAAGGCGGGAUCUCGGUGACCCGCCCACUAUCGUCGGGGCGACCUCCUUCGGGCCCCGCCCACUCCGAAUGGCACGCCCCCAACCUCCUCAGACAGCAGGAGCAGACGACAGGACUUCGUGCAGUUCGGGAGGACGAGAUCUCGGUGUUCGGGGGAAAAGGUCCAGAUCCUGGCGUCCAACCAGCAGGGUCAGAGUCUGGUCUACCGGCCGGCAACAGCGACUUCGCGGUGCCGAAGGCUGGGUGCCGCCAGCGUGUUGAACGCCACUGA